AGGGAGAGAGAGAGGGAGAGGGAGAGAUAGAGGGAGAGGGAGAGGGAGAGGGAGAGAGAGAGAGAGAGAGAGAGAGAGAGAGAGAGAGAGAGAGAGAGAGAGAGAGAGAGAGAGAGAGAGAGAGAGAGACGGAGGAAGGACAAUGGACAGAGAGAGGGAGAGGGAAAGGGGGACACCGGCGACGUGUCGUUCUCUAACCCCACGGAGAGCCGAGACGUAUCCCGUGAAUCAUAUUAG